AUGUCUCUGAGCAUCAUCAUCAUCGGAGCUGGCUUAGGCGGGUUGGCCGCAGCUGUGUCAAUCAAGAGCGAGUGUGCGCAUCAUAACGUUCUUGUCUUAGAGUCAGCCCCGCAACUGGCGGAGAUCGGAGCUGGACUUCAACUCACUCCAAAUGCAACCAGGAUACUCGAGAGAUGGGGUUUGAGCGAUAUUCUCGCAAAUGUAAUUUCAAAGCCCCAGACAUUCAGUAUACAUCGAUACAGUGACGGCCUGCUCCUUGGCAAGCGAGAGAAUUACGGAGAAGAAAUGCUUUCUAAGUACAAGUCCAACUUCUGGGAUAUCCAUCGAGCCGAUUUGCAGCUUGCUCUUUACCACCACGCGGAGAGACUAGGGGUCAAGUUCCGUUUCGGUGUUUCAGUAGAAGGGCAUGACUUUGUCAUCCCUGAAGUGUUAUUGUCCACGGGUGAAGCCAUACGUGGGGAUCUCAUAGUCGCUGCAGAUGGACUCUGGUCCAAAACAAGAUCUAGCUUUUUAGGAAGGCCAAGCCCGCCAUUGCCGACCGGAGAUCUAGCAUAUCGGAUUUUGCUAGAAACUAAGGACAUCUACGACGAAGACUUACGCAUAUUUGCGUCGAUACCCCGUGUUUGCCUCUGGGUAGGCCCCGAGUGUCAUGCUAUAUACUACCCUCUGAAAGGAAACACCAUGUUGAACAUUGUCCUUUUGGUACCUGACAACCUUCCAGACUCAGUUGCGAAAGCUCCUGGAAGUCUGCAAGAAAUGCAUGAAAUUUUCAAGGACUGGGACCCUCGACUUCAAAAGUUGUUAGGAUUGGUGGAUAAGGUCGAUAAGUGGAAAUUGAUGCACCUCGAUGAAAUGGACAAAUGGCACAAUGACACAGCCACCGUCGUUUUCCUCGGCGACGCAUGCCAUCCCAUGCUUCCGUAUAUGGCUCAAGGGGCAGGCUCAUCUUUGGAAGACGGAGCCGCACUUGGGCUCAUCUUGGCGAAGAUCGACGGUCGAGCGGAUCUACUUGAAGCCCUGAAGAAAUUCGAAAGAGUCCGAAAGUCUCGAAGCCUUGCUCUUCAGCAAGGCAGCUUGAAACAACGCCAUGUGAAUCACCUACGAAAUGGGCCAGAGCAGGUAGCUCGAGACCAGUUAUGCCUGGACGAGAUGGAUGAUCCUCAGCCUGGAUAUCCCUUUUACUGGAUCGACCCAAAAAUACAGUCCUACGUUUACGGCUAUGAUGUCUUCGCAGAGCUUGAGUAG